AUGGCGAUAAGAUGGUUUGAUGGCCUUAAGCCAAAUUCCAUAAAUUCCUUUAAGCAACUGACACAGGCUUUUGGUUCCCACUUCAUUACCAGCAGCAGAGUCCCUCGGCCCCUAGAUUCCCUCCUAUCCUUGUCCAUGCGAGAAGGAGAGACAUUGAAGGCCUAUUCAGACAGGUACUGGGAAAUGUAUAAUGAGAUAGAGGGAAAUUACGAUGACGUCGCCAUUAGCACAUUCAAGAGGGGCCUACCGACAGAGCAUGGUUUAAGAAAGUCCCUGACUGGGAAGCCGGUCACUAGUGUGCGCCAACUCAUGGACAGAAUUGACAAGUACAAAAGGGUCGAGGAAGACCAGCAGACGGGGAAGGGCAAAGCGAAGGUUGUCCCUCAAGAGAGGAGGGACUUCAGGCCGGACCGCUUUAACAACAGUAAUAGGCCGAGAAGAGAUUACUCGGAACAGUCAGCAUCCACUGGGGCAUAG